ACACGUGAAUUCCCGGCUUAAAGUCGAGUACGAGGUCACAAGCUCUCUGAGAAGAUUUCAACCAGCCGCCAUACAAGUUACAGGAGCGGGAGAGGAGCUGAAAAACAACAACAGCAACAACGACGACGACUGGAGAGCGGAGUGUUUUAAAAGUGCCAUUAUGCCAUGGCGUCUCUGGGCGCCUCCUUCGUUCAAAUCAAAUUCGAUGACAUCCACUUCUACGAGAACUGUGGCGGCGGGAGCUUCGGCAGCGUGUACCGUGCCCGCUGGAUCUCUCAGGACAAAGAGGUGGCGGUGAAAAAGCUGCUGAAGAUUGAGAACGAGGCUGAGAUCCUGAGUGUCCUCAGUCAUCGAAAUAUCAUCCAGUUUUAUGGCGCGAUUCUCGAGGCCCCAAAUUACGGAAUCGUCACAGAGUAUGCCAGUGGGGGAUCCUUAUAUGAGUAUUUAUCUAGUGAUGCAAGUGAAGAAAUCAUCAUGAAACAGAUUAUGACCUGGGCAACAGAAAUAGCUAAAGGAAUGCAUUAUUUGCAUGCGGAAGCCCCAGUGAAGGUCAUCCACAGGGAUCUGAAGUCCAGAAAUGUGGUCAUGACAGCAGACAAAGUACUCAAGAUUUGUGAUUUCGGAGCAUCCAAGUUUCACUCUCACACCACACACAUGUCACUGGUGGGCACAUUCCCCUGGAUGGCACCGGAGGUCAUUCAGAGUCUUCCUGUAUCUGAAACCUGUGAUACGUACUCCUAUGGAGUGGUUUUAUGGGAGAUGCUGACCCGGGAGAUUCCAUUUAAAGGGCUGGAGGGACUGCAGGUGGCUUGGCUAGUUGUGGAGAAAAAUGAGAGAUUAACCAUUCCCAGUAGUUGUCCAGCCAGUUUUGCAAACCUGAUGAGGAGAUGCUGGGAAACAGAUCCAGUUAAACGGCCCUUGUUUAAAGAAAUCCUGUCCAUACUAGAGGUCAUGUGUAAUGACAGCCAGCUCUCCGAACAAUGCAACUCAUUCUUGCAUAACAAAGCAGAAUGGAGGCGUGAGAUUGAGGCGACUCUGGACCGCUUGAAGAAGCUGGAAAGGGACCUAAGCACCAAAGAGCAGGAGCUUAAAGAGAGAGAGCGCCGCCUCAAGAUGUGGGAGAAGAAACUCAUAGAGCAGUCCAACACUCCGCUUCUUCCAAAUCUGGCCAUACACGCUUGGACGGAGGAGCAUGUGCACUUCUGGAUGUCACAGAUUUUUGGGCAAGGGGAAGCAGAAUGUGAGAUGCAGCUUUAUGCUGAUGUUUUUAAGCAGAACCACAUUACAGGGCAAAGACUGCUGCUCCUCACAGAGGCGGAUAUAAAAGACAUGGGCAUCACCUCUAAAGGGCACAUUAUACAUCUAAAGGCUGAAAUUGAAAAAUUAACAAAUGAUUACCUGGCACUGUUCCAUUUCCCACCAUUAAUCAAGGAUGAGUGGGAGAAAGAGGAGGACGAACAGGCAGCUUGGACUAAGACUGUGAAUCUGGAGCUGGUGUUUGGCUACCACUGGAAACCAGGAACUGGCAUAAAGGACUGCAAAUGGAAAAUUUACCUGGAGCUUGAUGGUGAUGAAAUUGCCAUAACCUACAUCAAAGAUGUUACCUUUAAUGCAAACAGGCCAGAUGUGGAAGUGUCAAAGAUGACCAAGCCCCCGUUUGUGAUGGAGAAAUGGAUUGUUGGCAUAUCUGACAAACAGACUGUUGAGUGCAUCAUAAAUUAUGAGGGUGAUGUCAGGUCUCCUAAAAGCACAAGACAUGUGCACUCAGUGCAGUGGAGCCAGGCCAGUAGGGCUGAUGACAUUAUAAGUGUAGAGCUGCUAAUAGUGUCAGGAGCAACAAAUGGAGAGGGAAACAACAGGAGACCUUCCACCUCAGAUGUGGAUCCUCACUGGAUUUCCAGUCUGAGGUCAAAGCAGCUUAGAGAGAACCUCAAACAGGCUCGCAACAGUGCAUCACCACUCACUGGUUCAGAUAACAUGACCCUUCCGCAGUUCCUGACUGCUUUCGGCAACCAGUCAUCAUACGCCUCUGCUGUACGAAGAUCACCCAAUCGCAGUCCACUUUCACUGUGGGCCAGCUCCAGAAGCUCCUCCCCUACACUUUCAACCAAACUUUCCAACCUUCAUCUAGGGUCAAAGGGCAGCAGCCCAUCCAGCACAACGUCAGAGAGCACAUCAGAAAGAGAGCGCCCUCGUAGUGAUAGAUCCAUGUACAGCUAUCACAGAAAGAACUCCUACAGCAACACUUUCAACACGGCUGGAGGAGGAGAGCGGAGGUUUUCUAGAGGGGCUAGUCAUACACAUCAGGGUGGAUCUAAAGGAGGACGACCACGGACAAAUUACGUAGUACCACAGAACCAAUCGCGGAUUAUUCCAGGGAUUGCGACAAUAACAGGAGGAGAAAAGCAGAAAGAAGAGGCAGAGGAUGCCAAAGCCACAGAUAGUGGGUGGAUUAAAGUAGAACGCAAAAAGCCUUCCAAGCCAGACCAGAGACAGUAUAGAAACCGCCCACGGAGAGGAGGACGAGGUGGAGGUGGAGGAGGGCGAGGAUGGACCUAAAGGCUUUUAUGCUGGAUGUGAACUGAGGAAUCAUUUGAAUAUUUAAACCACUAUUCCAAAGAAUUUAAAACCAUGUUUACAGAGGGUAAAUAUAUUAGUAAAAUACCAAACA